GCCAUAGGCAGAAACCUGCCCCUCUGCAGCUGGAGGGAAUGUUCUGAGUGUCUCAAAUUUGUAUCCUGAAGCAAGACCUGAGUCUUUCCUGGGCAUGGAGGUGCCAUAUGUCCUUCUUUUAACUAGACUCCUAGCAGGAGUUGCCAGCAAAUCUACUGAACCUUUGGUCUCAGAAACAGGAUGCUGUGGGGAUAUGUUGGAUUCCAACAGUUCCUGUCCAGUAACCAACCAGUGCAGUCCAGGUUGUUACAGGAGGUGGAAUGAGGAUGGGAGUAGCAGCUGCAUUAGAUGCAAAAAUGAAACUCUUCCCAUUUCAUCUGUUCACAACUUGACUGAAUGCAGAACUACUGGUAUCAGAGGAAUGAAUUUCCAAAUGAAUAUCAGCACUGUAACUCCUUUCAUCCAGAACAUAGGAGGCCCAGAAGUGGCAGCCUCUCUCAUCUUAGGGACAUUUUUCAUCAGUUUAUUCCUGAUUCUGUCUGUUGCUUCUUUCUUCUACCUCAAACGUGCCAAUAAACUUCCUAAUGUUUUCUACAGAAGAAACAAAGCAUCUGUUCUGCAGCCUAGUGAAACAGCAUCCAUGAUACCUCCCCCAGCUUCUUCAGUUCGGAAGCCACGCUACGUCCGACGGGAGCGCUCGCUGGUGACGUCUGCAUCUGCUGCUAUCAUCUCCUCUGAAACCAGGGUCAGCAAUGUUUAG